CUGGGUGCUGUGCUCCUCCUGCUGUUGAGACAGUGCUCCAGUAGAACAGACAGACCAACCAGCAGGGGGACGUGAGAAGGGAGGUGGCCACAGGACUGUGUAUGUCCCUGCCACUGUCCGUCUGAUCCCUUAACUGUAUGGUUUACAUCGUCAAUGCUCUGAGUGCCACAUACUGGGGAGGGGUUGGGGGCCAUCAUGUCAUCAUACCAGAAGGAACUGGAGAAAUACAGAGACAUAGAUGAAGAUGAGAUCCUAAGGACCCUGAGCCCUGAGGAGCUGGAGCAGCUGGACUGCGAGCUGCAGGAGAUGGACCCUGAGAACAUGCUCCUGCCAGCUGGACUAAGACAACGUGACCAGACAAAGAAGAGCCCAACGGGGCCUCUGGACCGAGAGGCCCUUUUGCAGUACCUGGAGCAGCAGGCACUAGAGGUCAAAGAACGCGAUGACUUGGUGCCCUUCACAGGCGAGAAGAAGGGGAAACCCUAUAUUCAGCCCAAGAGGGAAAUCCCAGUACAGGAGCAGAUCACCCUGGAGCCUGAGCUGGAGGAGGCGCUGGCGCACGCCACUGAUGCGGAAAUAUGUGAUAUUGCAGCAAUUCUGGGCAUGUACACGUUGAUGAGCAACAAGCAGUACUAUGACGCCAUCUGCAGUGGGGAGAUCUGCAACACAGAAGGCAUCAGCAGUGUGGUACAGCCUGACAAGUAUAAGCCAGUGCCAGAUGAGCCCCCAAAUCCUACAAACAUUGAGGAGAUACUAAAGAGAGUUCGAAGCAAUGACAAGGAUCUGGAGGAGGUGAACCUCAAUAACAUACAGGACAUCCCAAUACCCAUGCUAAGUGAGCUGUGUGAGGCAAUGAAGACAAAUACUUACGUUCGGAACCUCAGUCUAGUGGCCACGAGGAGUGGUGACCCUAUCGCCAAUGCCGUGGCUGACAUGUUGCGUGAGAAUCGGAGCCUCCAGAGCCUGAACAUCGAAUCCAACUUCAUUAGCAGCACAGGGCUUAUGGCUGUGCUGAAGGCAGUUCGGGAAAAUGCCACCCUCACUGAGCUCCGUGUAGACAACCAGCGUCAAUGGCCAGGUGAUGCAGUAGAGAUGGAGAUGGCCACCGUGCUAGAGCAGUGUCCCUCCAUUGUCCGCUUUGGCUACCACUUUACACAGCAGGGGCCACGAGCUCGGGCAGCCCAGGCCAUGACCAGAAACAAUGAACUACGUCGCCAACAAAAGAAGAGAUAACACUGCCACACUGCUUUUCCCAACUAGAGCUCAGAGCAAUGGACACUUAAACCCUCAUCUAUCCCCCUUUCCUGUAAAUAAAAGCCCUUCU